CUGGCGCUCGUUACGGCCGCGUUUAUUAAUAAUUGAAACGUACGACAAUAUACGUAAAGUCCGUCGUAUUAAAUCUAUAAAUUAAUUAAUAAAGUUUCAUAAUAAUUAUAAUUGGAGUGAUUUGAUUUUGUUGUUUGUGCUUUUUAAACGGUCUAAAAUGGUCGCGCGACCAAAGUCGCCAGUCGGCGCGCUGGUGCCACAGUUCUAUGCAGGGAGGGACAUCUUCAUCACCGGCGCAACUGGCUUCAUGGGCAAAGUAUUGAUUGAGCGUCUGCUUUCUACGUGCCCUGAUGUUGGACGGCUCCAUCUGCUGAUGAGGCCGAAGAAAGGAGAAACACCAGAGAAGAGAUUAAUGAAACUGAAGCAGUCACAGGUGUUCGAUAUAAUCCGUCAACAGAACCCGUCCCAGCUGGACAAGUUGUCGUUUAUACAGGGCGACGUAGCACAGCCAGGACUUGGAAUCGCAAAUGAAUAUCUUAAACAGCUCCAGGAGGUAUCAGUGGUGUUCCAUUCAGCCGCGACCCUGAAAUUCGACGAACCCUUACCAAGUGCCGUGGAACAGAAUGUGCUCUCCGUGAUGCGGCUUAUGGAUAUAUGUGACACUCUGCCCAAUCUUCAGGCCCUCGUACAUGUGUCGACAGCGUAUUGUAAUCCGGAGCUGAACGUCAUUGAAGAGAAGGUGUACCCGGCUCCUGCUCCAUUGCCUCGUCUUCUAGCGUUGGUUGAAGCUGUUCCAGCCCCCCUACUGGCUAAUAUAACUCCUCAAUACAUUAAGCCUAAACCAAAUACGUAUACAUUCACAAAGGCGAUGGCUGAGGAAGCAGUCCGCAGUCGUGUUAACAGGAGCUACCCGAUCGCCAUCUUCAGACCAACUAUCGUCGUGUCCUCUCUCAAAAACCCUUAUCCCGGCUGGAUUGAAAACUUGAAUGGACCCAGUGGAGUCAUAGCUGCUGCUGGAAAAGGCUUGCUCCACGUUUUCAGCAGGAAACCAGGAGCAAGAGCCGAUCUCUUACCCGUGGAUAUAGCCAUUGAUACGUUAUUGGCUGUUGGAUGGGAGACUGCCGUGGACAAACUUCCAGAAGUAAGAGUUUACAACUGCAGUACAUACGAAAACCCGACCACUUGGGGCGAGUUCGAGGCUGCCUUAAAGAUAUAUCUUACGCGGUACCCUCUAGAUGGCUGUUUGUGGUAUCCCAGCGGUUCUGGCGUCGAAAACCGAUAUGCUCAAAAGAUCCUCGAGUUCAGCUUACAGACGGUGCCCCUCCACAUCGCUGAAUACAUCAUGCGGGCACUCGGGGUCAAGAUGAAAAUAAGCUUAAUAACAGCAGAACAAAGGUUGAGGGCAAUGAACGACGUCCUUGCAUUUUUCGCGUUACGUGAAUGGAAAUUCAAGACGGACAAUGUGGAAAAACUUCGAGCAAGACUUACCCCAAGUGACGCUGCAAUAUAUAACUUAGAUCCUCGGAGUAUAGACUGGAAUGACCAUUACAAAAACUUCGUCAAAGGUACUAGGAAAUAUUUGUUAAAGGAAAAAGAUCAAGAUAUGGAAGAGGCCAGGAAACACGCUAAUAGAAUGUAUCUCUUACACAAAGGCGUGAUAUUCUUCGUGAUGAUUCUGCUUUUCCGACUAAUCUUACAAAAUAAGACAGUUCGAGAAAUCGUAUACGGAAGUCUGAGACUAUUGUUGUCUCUUUUAUUCGCAACCUAUACUAGUGUGAUAGAAGCAUGAUCGAUACAAAACGUAGUUGUAAGUCUACACAAAAUAUGGUUGUAAUUUUUUAAAGAUAAGGUAAAUCUACACUAUCAAUAUUCGUAAGUGGUUCGCUAUUUAUAAAAAAUAUUUAUUAUUGAUUUUAAAUAUUAUCUGUGUAAGUUUUAAAUAUUAUCAUAAAUAUAUUCGACAUUGUUAUGUGAAAAUUUAAAAUUGUGAUAGAGCUUAUUCGGUGAUAAUUAUUUAGUUAAGUAAUAAAUA